CCUCAAAACGAGACCCAGAUGAGAACUCGCAAGCUCUCCUUCGUCUCCAUCGCGCCAAAUCCGACCGUUACUUCCCGCCAAAUUUCAAAUUCGAAUUUGAAUUCGAAUCAGAAGUUCCCGCCUUCGUCCCUGAAUCAUCUCAAGCGCAUCCAUGCAAAGCUCCUCCGGAGCGGCGAGAUCCUUGAUACCCUCGCCGCCGGGAAGCUCAUUUCCGACAUCGUCGCCUCCGGCGCCACCAAUCUAGGCUACGCUCGCUCCCUCUUCGCCUGGAUUCAGCCCCCGCUCAACACCUUCAUGUGGAACUCGUUAAUCCGAGGCUACGCUCAUGGCGGCGAUCCUUGCGAAGCCAUCGCCCUCUAUUGCCAGAUGCUUGCCGAUGGGUACGUCCCUAACAACUACACCUUUCCUUUCGUCCUCAAAGCUUGCACUCGCAUCGCCGACCCUCGCGUCGGCCUGGGAGUCCAUGGGACUCUCAUCCGCCAUGGUUUUGAGGAUUUCGAUCCAUUCAUCCAGACAUCGCUGGUGAAUUUCUACGCUUCUUGUGGUUGUAUAGUAGUUGCACAGAAACUGUUUGAUAGAAGUCCUCAGAGAGAUGUCACCUCUUGGAAUGCGCUUAUUAAGGCAUACAUUGGAUGCUGUAGGUACAGUGAUGCGAUUCGUGUGUUUAGGAUGAUGCAGGAUGGAUCCAAUGCUCGUGCCGAUGAGAUAACAAUGCUUGGUGUCAUCUCUGCGUGUGCGCAUCUGGGGGCUUUGGAUAUGGGGAAAUGGGUGCACGCUUAUGUCGAUCGGUGUUGCAUGAGGUUGACGACGAACCUAGGAACGGCGCUGAUCAAUAUGUAUGCUAGGUGCGGGGAGAUUGAAACCGCAAGCUCUUUGUUUGACAACAUGAAAGAGAAGGAUGUCAGGGCUUGGAGUGUGAUGAUUAGCGGGUUGGCGUUGAAUGGUUUGGCAAAGGAGGCGCUUGAUCUCUUUGCCGAGAUGCAGAAUGCCGGAGUUAAACCAGACUCAGUGACAAUCACCGGUGUCUUGAGUGCUUGUAGUCAUGCUGGAUACGUGCAAAAAGGGAUGAAAUUGCUGGAUGAAAUGCAGGAGCUUUACUUCGUGGAACCUACGAUCGAGCAUUAUGGUUGUGUUGUUGAUUUGUUGGGCAGAGCUGGGGAGUUGGAAAAGGCAUUGGCUUUGAUCAAAAGAAUGCGUUUGAAACCAGAUGUGAUGAUUUGGGGUGCGAUGCUUGUGGCUUGUAGAGUUCACAAGAAUGUCGAGAUUGGUGAAAUGGCUGCCAAGGAGAUGUUGGAGUUGGAUUCACAGAAUGCAGGGGCUCUUGUGUUUCUAUCUAAUGUGUAUGCAGCCAUUGGGAAAUGGGAUAUGGUUGAGCAAGUGAGAUGCUUGAUGAAAGAGCAGAGAAUACGAAAACCUCCGGGAUCGAGUUCAAUUGAAUUGGAUGGUGUUGUUCAUGAGUUCUUGUCAGGAGACACUUUGCAUCCUCAGUCUGAUCAGAUAUAUAGAAUGCUUGAUGAGAUACUGAGACUUGCCGUUCUCCGAGGGUACAGACCAGUUAUUGGAGGUGUUCCAUUCGAUAUCAAUGAGGAAGACAAGGAGGUGUGCAUUUCUCAACAUAGCGAAAAACUUGCACUUGCAUUUGGAUUGAUAAAUUCUGAGGGAGGGACCGUUAUUCGCAUCGUGAAGAAUCUGAGAAUCUGUGAGGACUGUCACUCUGUGAUGCAGUUGGUGUCGGAGCUUUUCAAUCGGAUUGUCAUUGUGCGAGACCGGAAUCGUUUCCAUCAUUACAAAGAUGGUGCUUGUUCUUGUAAAAAUUACUGGUGAAAUAGUAAAGCAUUUUCUGAAGAAAUGAUUCGUUUGCCAAAUAUCAGUGAGAAGUCUACUUUGGAAGGAGGAUGUUAUUUGACCAAUUAAAUAUAAAAGAGAUUCAUCCACGGAUAAUUCUCAUUGCUAAACAUUUUAGGUUGUUGGCAAACAAUGCAAGAUCAUUGAUUCCCAUGUUUGUUCUUAAAUUUGAUUGCCACCAUACAAGCAUCACAAAUCAGAGUUUUUGCGCUGAGCUUUAUGUGUUAAAUAAUCAUGUGCCCAUCCAAUAAUGUCAGAUUUCUUAUGGUCCUUGAUUGAAUUAAGAACUGUUUGCAUCUUGCAAUUUC